CACCUCGUCUUCUUCUUCGCUAAGCCUAAAAAGAAAAAAAAAAAAGGUCUCCCUCCUUUUUCUUCUCUUCAACCCCCUCUCCACGCACGCGCUCCCCCCCGCGCGCUCGCUAACCCUAGCCAUGGCCGCACCACCAUCCGACCACUAGCCGCGGCGGCCAGCGACGGCGAGGCCCCCCCACCCCGUCCUCCUCCUCCUCCUCAUCCGCUUCUCUCCGGUCCGUCCCUUCGUUGACUGCCGCUCGGUUUGCUUCCGAGGGUUUUCCUCUCCCGCUGCUGCUGCGAGGGAGGGUCGAUCCGUUCCUCCGCUGGGCGUGCCUGUGCGGGUGCUCCUCCUCCUGCUUCUUCCGCGGACUCCUCCUCCUCGAAGGUCCUUGUGAACUGAAGUAACCUCCACAGGAGUUCACAUGUUCUAGAACACCAAGUGUCAGGGGAAAAACAUUAUGGAUUACAGCAACAGUUCAUGUUCUAGAACAUGCAGUGGGCUUGUUAGGUUAAACAACACUAUAGAGUCCAAUGAGGUUCUGUUUUCUAAAACAAGAAGUGGGCUUGUUAGGAUAAACAGCACUGUAGAGUCCAAUGAGGUUUCGCUUUCUAAAACAAGAAGUGGGCUUAUUAGGGGAAACACCAAUGUGAGAUCCAAUGAAGGUUCAUAUUCUACAACACGAAGUGAGCUUGCUGGGGCAAAUGGCGUUGUGGAUUCCAACGUGGGAGAUUUAUGUUCUAAAACACGAAGUGGGCUUGUUAGAAGAAAUGCCACUUUGGAUUCCAAUGAGGGAUCAUGUUCUAAAACACGAAGUGGGCUUGCUAGGGGAGAUGGCAUUGUGGGUUUAAAUCAAGGUUCAUCCUCUAAAACAAGAAGUGGGCUUGUUAGGGGAGGUGACAUUAUGAAUUUCAGUGAAGGUUCAUCCUCUAAAACACGAAGUGGGCUUGUUAGGGGAAACACUACUGUGGCUGCCAGUAAUGGUUCAUAUUCUGCAACUCCAAGCAGGUUUGUUAGAGGAAACAUCAUUGUGGGUUCCAAAGAGGGGUCAUGUUCAAGAACAAGAAGUGGGCUUGUCAGAGAAAGCAUCCAGAUGGAUUACAGUGACAGUUCAUGCUCUAGAACUCGAAGUGGGCUUGUCAGAAGAAAGCCCUUUAUGGUUCAAGUCAAGGAUGAAGCUGCCAUGAAUGGGCUGUCUGAUGACUGUUUGAAAGAGGACAGUCCAGGAAAGAAUGAACCAAAUCACAAGAGUAAUCUGGUUGAAAAUAGUGAUAAACCAGUCAUGAAGGGGCCUGAUGGAUGGUGGAAAGAAGGCAUGCUAACAAAGAAUGGGUCAAAGUACAUGAGUGACCCGGUUCAAACCAAGGGUGAAGCAUGCAUCAAUGGGCUUCCCGGUGGACAAUGGAAAGAAAACAGUGCGGAAAAGAAUGUAUCAAAUCACAAGAAUGAGCUGGUUCAAAGAAAGGAUGAUCUAAUUGUUGAUGGGCUUCCUGAUGGAUGGUGGAAAGAGGACAGACCAAGGAAGAAUGGAUCAAAUCUGAAGACUGAUCCGUACUACAUUGAUCCAGUCAGUGGAUAUGAAUUUCGCUCUCUGAAGGAUGUGCACCGUUUUCUUAAAUCAGGGGACAUCUAUAAAUGCAUUGUAAGGCCAAGAAAGAGAACUAUCCAAGAUCCUUGUACUAUUGAAAACCAAUCUCAUACAGCAACAUUGUUGCAACAUACAAGGCCAGGUACCGCCGACAAGGCCAUUCAAUGUGAAUUGCUAACUUCAGAAGGUCUCAUGCUGCCGUGGGAGGAACAGCUCAGUCCAUAUAGAGAACUCAACAACCCAAAAAAGAUGCCCGAGUUGGAGGGCAUGAUAGCAUCUCAAAAACAUGCCUACAAAGUUGAUGCUCCAAGGGAAAAGAAAUCUUUUCCGAGAAAAAGAAAACAGCCAAGUGCAGGAGGGAAGCCCAAGAAGCAUAAAAUCGUCCCUGCAAAAAUGGUUGCCAUGCCUGUCCGAGCAUCACCUCGCUUAGCUUCACUGAAGAUCACUCAUGAUUUAAAUACUGAGCCUGAAGAUGAACUUAUCGGUGUAAAUCUUGUCAAUGAGGUACAGUCUACUAAAGAAAAUCCUACUGAUAAGUCACGAUUGAACCAAGCAGGCAUUUCCACUGAAAUGACGUCUGUUCAGGAAAGGGCUGACAAUCAGUUGCUGUCAAGCCAAGCAGACACCGGGAAUCACAUACGUGUUAUGGAGGGGGACACUACAGAUUCGUCACAGCUGAGACAAGCUGACACUGUGAACCAAAUACUCACAGAUCAGGAAAAUGCUGUCAGUCAAUUACAGUCGAGCCACACAGAUUAUUUUGUUCAAAUACGACCUAGACAAGAAUACGUUACCAAUUACUCACAAUCACAGUUGAGCCGUGCUGCCACUGUGAAUCAAAUAGAGACUAAUCAAAGGAACAUGUCAGGUCAGUUGCAGUCUAGCCAAGCAGAUUCUCUGGAUCAAAUACAGACAGAGCAGGAAAGUUCUGCCAGUCGGUUACAGUCAAGCCAAGCAGACUCUUUCAAUGAAAUACAUACUAUACAAGAAUACAUUACUGAACAGUCAGAGUCACAAGUAAGCCAUGCAAAUCAAAUACAGAUUGAUCUAGGAAACACUGUCGAUCUGUUGCCGUCGAGCCAAGCAGACGCCAUAUUUCAAAUGGAGACUACACAAGAAUACAUUACCAACCAGUCUCAGUCAAGACAAGCAGAUAUUGUGGAUCAUAUGCAGGUUAAUCAGGAUAACACUGCUAAUCAGUUCCAUUUGAGACAAGCUGACACAGUCAACAGAAUACAAACUAUGCAGGAGAGCACCACUGAUCAGCCACAGCUCAUCCAAGCUUUAACUGUGAAUCAAAUACAGGUCAAUGGGGAAAACACUGCCAAUCACGUCCAGUCAAGGCAAGCAGAUACUGUGAAUCAUAUACAGCUUAAUCAGGAUAACACUGUCAAUCAGUUCCAGUUGAGACGAGCUGACACAGUCAACAGAAUACAAACUAUGCAGGAUAGCACCGCUGAUCAGCCACAUCUCAUCCAAGCUUUAACUGUGGAUCAAAUACAUGCCAAUAGGGAAAACGUUGUCAAUCACUUCCAGUCAAGGCAAGCAGAUACUGUGAAUCAUAUACAGGUUAUUCAGGAUAACACUGCCAAUCAGUUCCAGUUUAGACGAGCUGACACAGUCAACAAAAUACAAACUAUGCAGGAUAGCACCACUGAUCAGCCACGGUUCAUCCAAGCAUUAACUGUGAAUCAAAUACAGGCCAAUGGGGAAAAUACUGCAAAUUACUUACAGCCAAAUUAUGCUGAAAAUAAUAUCAUGCAAGUUGGUUUCUCUUUAACUCCUGAGCCGGAAGAAGCACCUGCCACAAGCUUUUGGAGAAAUGUUGCAAAUCAGGAGUUACCGGUUUCCAUGCAAACAGAUGGAAAACCUGUUGUGAGCUCUGCGUUAAAUGUUGAAUACCAAAAUGUGCCAGCCACAGCACCCGCUCAGCCAACGCGAGCUCCACAUCCUGAAGCAGCCUCCUAUCCGUCUGGGCUGGCUGUGCCAUCUCUAUUUGGGAAUUCCUGGUCAGAUCCAUGCAUUGAGUUUGCCUUCAAGACCCUUAGAGGUGACAUUCCUGUUCUGGAUGAUACUUCAGCUGUUGAACAAUACUUCCCUCAACAUGACUUGAAUAAACCUCCAUCACCAGAUUAUUCUGCUUCACCAAGUUGUUUUAGUUCCUCUUUUGACAAUACUAGAAACUUUACACAAGUCGACCAUGCCAGCCUCCCAGCACCGAAUCCGUCAGAUAAACUAUACAAUGGUGGUUGGUUCCCUCCCAAGUGACUUCCCUAGAAGGAAAAAAGUGCAGCACUACGAUGUACCUGCUAAGAUGCUAAAGAGGAAAGCCCAAGUCUGGUACUUAUUGUUAGAACUAUGUUGUAAUUCAUGAUCUAAUCUGGUAUAUGCUGUAAAACUGUUGUAUGAUUGUAUCUUGCUCUAACUUGUAGACAAAAUGUACAUCCGACUAGAGUUACCUUGUAGGGUUAACAUAGCUUCAAGAACAGAAUGUCGAGUAGAGGGAUCAAUGUUGUUUCUGUCUUUUUUUGGUUGCGUGCAGUUGCUGGGAUAUUCAUACCAUAUACUGUCAGAGCUAGCUCACUGAUGUGCCAUCACAUGGAGUGUCUUAAUUAUUUGAGAUAAAUUCUUCCAUGCGGAUGAUGAGCCCUUUAAUUUUGCUUUUAAGGCCAACAUGUAUUGAAUUGUGUUUCGAUGGGAUAGUAAAAGUGCCAGUGCAUUCAAGUGCAACAA